AUGUACACCUGCACCAAGUUUGUUUCUACCCCUGCCCUUGUGAAGAGCAGCUCUCAGCUGCUGAGUAGACCUUUAUCUGCAGUGGUGUUAAGAUGGCCAGAGAUGCAAACAGAAGAGAACCUCAGCAUUUUGGCAGCAUCAGGUCCCUUGACCUCCCUUGUCCUCAGAUGUGGAUUCCAAAUGAGCACCUUAUCAAGGGACAUUGACACAGCAGCCAAGUUCAUUGGGGCUGGGGCUGCCUCUGUAGGGGUAGCUGGUUCUAGAGCUGGGAUUGGGACUGUGUUUGGACAUCUCAUCAUUGGUUAUGUCAGGAAUCUCUUCCUGAAGCAGCAGCUCUUCUAUGACAUCCUGGGCUUUGCCCUGUCUGAGGCCAUGGGGUUCUUUUGCCUGAUAGUGGCCUUCCUUGUCCUCUUCACCAUGUGA